CAGCGAUUCUGCGACUAGUUUCAAAAUAUUUAUAAUCCCAGCACGCCCAAUCCGACAGCUUUCUUCUUGAUCCUUUACGUCUAUUAAACACUACCGUAUAUCACAGUACACUCCCGACACAAUGGCACCCAAGAUUCUCGUCGUCCUCACCUCAGCUGAUAAGAUUAUCAAGCUUGACAAGCCCACUGGCUGGUACCUGCCCGAGUUCGCUCACCCCUACGAUGUCCUCGCUCCCAAGGCCGAAAUCGUCGUUGCCUCUCCCAAGGGCGGCGUUGCUCCCCUCGAUCCCAGCUCCAUUGAGGCCUUCAAGGCCGACGAGUCGUCUCAGAACUUCCUGAAGAAGAAGGAGAUCUGGGAGAACACGACCCCUCUCAAGAGCUUCGUCGGCCGAUCGGGCGAAUUCGAUGCUCUUUUCUACCCUGGUGGUCACGGUCCCAUGUACGACUUGGUCUCCGACAAGGACUCUAUUGCCCUCAUUGAGGAAUUCUACGCUGCUGGCAAGCCCGUCGCUGCUGUCUGCCACGGUCCCAUCGUUUUCGCCAACGCCACUGUUGGCGGCAAGCCCCUCGUGGAGGGACGUGAGGUCACUGGCUUCACCAACGAGGAGGAGGACCAAGCUGGUCUCACUGAUGCCAUGCCAUUCCUUUUGGAGACUGUUCUUAAGGAGAAGGGCGCCAAGUUCGUCAAGGCCGACCAGGCUUGGGGCGAGAAGGUUGUCGUUUACGGCCAAAUCAUUACUGGCCAGAACCCCGCGUCUGCCCACGCCAUUGGUGUUGCUCUUGCCAAGGCCAUUGGCGCCAACUAAAAGUGCUCAAUUACGACGACUACGAGAAUAAUUUUUAUUAGUAGCAAUAUUUAGUAAUCUAUAUCCCAUUACACU